AUGGGGCAGAGCCACGGUGCUCGUUCCGAGGAAUUCUGGUCAAUAUGGCAACUGGGUAUGUUUAAAUUAAUCGAAAGCUUGCUUCUUUUGUUGCGACUCCGCGUGGUGACAUCGGGAGUUCGUACGAGCAUGAAGUGCGCCGCAAAUGUGCUGCGAUCCAAAGGGAUCGCUCGUGUCCAUGCUGGCAACUACAGGAUCUUGAAUCCCCCGUCUGGGUUUGAUCGCAAGUACAGUACAUUGCUUCAGCCAAUCCUCUUAUAUAAGUUUGCCCACCAAGUGUUCGACUCAUUGCUUCAACCAGCUUUUCCUUUCCUCAACUCCUUUGAGGAAUCCCAACCAAAUCUUGAGCCACAUUUCUUGAGAGGGUAG